AUGCGUGGCCUCUACCUAGGACUGGGCGCCAUUGCCCUGACAUCUGUCAACGCUUGGGAGUAUCCAUUCUGCGAACAUGAUGGCUGCUACCGUAACCUGAUCGACAAGCGCUUUGAACAGGAGGCCAAGACCUUCUGCGUUGAAUACCUCCACGGUACCACCACCGCUGCCGCAGCCAUUCCCACCAACUUUGACAACUGCGCCAGCGAUGUUCGAGCCGUUUCCUCCGCUUGCUCUUGCAUCACCUACGACCUCACGGCCUCUUCCACCGUUCCGGCGACCACCAGUACUUCGGUGAUUACCACCUCAUCCACCAGCGAAUAUGUCACCCCAACUCCCACUCCCAGCAGUACCAGCUCUUCAAGCUCGUCUUCUUCCUCCUCUUCCUCUUCCUCUUCUACGGUAGUCAGCAGCACUAGCUCCAGCAGCUCAUCCAGCUCCUCCUCUUCUUCUUCUUCUUCUCCUCCUCCUCGACGUCGAUCAGCAGCACCUACGUCCACAGCAGCUCUUCCGCUUCGUCUAGCAGCACCUCUGUCCAGACUUCCUCCGAGGCUCCCAGUAGUAGCACUUCUGCUCACACUUCUGUUCCGUCUUCUACGGCCCCGGCUAGCACCACCUGGGACCUCAGCUCUACUACUUUCAGUGAGGAGAGUACCACAGCACCCACUGCUGACAGCAGCACAAAGCCUCUCACAUCCACUACCUCGACGUCAACCAGCAGCACUAAGCCCGUUCAGAGUUCCACCACCUCCACCGAAGAAAGCACCACAUCAUCAACUCCUGCCAGCAGCACCAAGCCGCACACUUUCACAACUUUGA